AUGACUAGUGCGGAUCGACCUUUACAAAUUACUGAUGCGCUAUCGGCAAAUUUUCAAGUCGUUUGUCCGUCUCAAGCUACGCAUCAGCAGAUGUGUACAGUGGUUGUAGACAUUAGGAAGCUUGUUCAUUCUCAAUCCAAUCCAACAAUGCCGGUUGAUAUUGAAACUCUGAAGCCUGGAGAUGGCACGCAAGACUUUCCCGAAGAACGGACAAACGGUAAAAUGCCAUUACGUUUUAAGUCUUCAAAAUGGCUCCGAGAUUUACAGAUCGAUAGUUCAAGAAAACGUGGCAAGCCUUUCGAAUUCAAGAUCGGUAAAGGUGAGGUCAUCAAAGGGUGGGAUGAAGGUGUUGCCAAGAUGUCAGUGGGACAACGCGCAAAACUGACGAUCAGUCCAGAUAUGGGUUAUGGAAGUCGUGGUAUACCUGGUACAAUUCCUAGUAACGCUACGCUGCUGUUUGAUGUUGAAUUGCUUGGAUUGAAAUGA